GAUCUUAGGAGUAAGUAAAAUGGCAUCUUCUAGACAGCAUGAUUGGAGAAACACCAAAAGCUUCACCCUCCAAGUCCUUACAGGGCGUUGGUUCAUGGUGUUCUCCUCAUUCAUGAUCAUGUCAAUAUCUGGAGCAAGCUACAUGUUUAGUCUAUACUCUAGAGAUAUCAAGUCGGUGUUGGGGUAUGACCAAUCCACUCUCAAUCUCUUGAGCUUCUUCAAGGACCUGGGGUCUAACAUAGGCAUCAUUUCAGGCCUAAUCAAUGAGGUCACACCCCCUUGGGUGGUCUUAACAAUUGGAGGGGUUCUCAAUUUUUUUGGCUAUUUCAUGAUUUGGCUUGCAGUGACCAGAAAAAUUGCCAAGCCCCAUGUGUGGAACAUGUGCUUGUACAUCUUCAUUGGAGCCAAUUCUCAUUGUUCCACCAACACUGGAGUCAUUGUGACUAGUGUGAAGAACUUCCCUGGCACAAGGGGCAUUGUCAUAGGACUCUUGAGUGGGUAUCUUGGUUUGAGUGCUGCUAUCAUCACUCAGAUAUACUAUGCCUUCUAUGGAAAUGACUCCAAAUCUCUAAUUUUGCUUAUGGCAUGGCUACCAACUGCUAUAACUUUUGUCUUUUUACCAGUUGUCAGGCACCACAAGGGACUUCAACACUCAAAUGAUUCCAAGGCUUUCUAUAAUUUCCUCUAUACCACUUUGGUCCUUGCAGGGUUCCUCAUGGCAGCUAUCAUAGUGCAAAGAAGUUUCACCUUCACACAAAGUGAGUAUUAUGUCACCACUAUUCUGAUGUUCCUCUUGCUCAUCCUGCCACUUGCUGUUGUUAUUGUUGAAGAACACAAGAUUUGGAGGAGGAAACAGGAACACAUCCACAGUGAAGACCCUCCUAAGCCUUUGAGUAUAACUACAGAAUUGCCAUAUCUAGAGAAGUCUUCACAAGCUCCCCAAGCUGGACCAACUAUCCAAAAGCAAGUCUCCUGUUGGAGAAACAUGUUCAAGCCACCAAGUAGAGGUGAAGAUUAUACAAUACUUCAAGCCCUUUUUAGCCUUGACAUGGUGAUUCUUUUCUUAGCCACAAUAUGUGGACUCGGUGGCACCUUGACUGUGGUGAAUAACUUGAGUCAGAUUGGUACAUCUUUAGGAUAUCCUGCACAUAGCAUAACCACAUUUGUUUCCCUUAUGGCCAUUUGGAUCUAUAUGGGUAAAAUUGUACAAGGGGUUGUCUCAGAAUUUAUCAUAACCAAAUUCAAUGUCCCUAGGCCCCUCAUGCUCACAUUAAUCCUUGUAUUAGCUUGUGUUGGUCACCUUCUAAUUGCUUUCAAUGUCCCAAAUGGUCUCUAUCCAGCCUCAAUCAUUAUUGGGUUCUGCUUUGGAGCAAACUGGCCAUUAUUAUUUUCCAUCAUAUCUGAACUUUUUGGUCUUAAAUUUUACUCAACUUUGUAUAAUGUUGGGUCAGUGGCAAGUCCAAUUGGGUCAUACUUGUUCAGUGUGAGGGUUGCAGGGCAUUUGUAUGACAGGGAAGCCACAAGGCAAAUGGCAGCAUUAGGACUAAAGAGGAAACCUGGGGAGGAGUUGAAUUGCAAUGGGACUGAGUGUUACAAAGUGGCUUUUAUUAUAAUCACUGCUGUUAGCCUCUUUGGGGCACUCGUGUCUCUUAUUUUGGUGCUAAGGACUAGAGAGUUCUAUAAAGGUGACAUAUACCAGAAGUUCAGAGAGGAAUCCAAAACUGCUGAAACUGAAAUGGGUGUGACUCAGAACAAGAUUGACCAACCUGCUGCAAAUGAAGGCUAAAUAUCUUUGACAAGGAAUUGGUACGUAAUAAUAAUACUGAGUGGCAUAGACGCGAAAAAGAAAUUUGAAGCAUGGAGCUUAAGCUAUAGCAACUGAAAUAAAAUCUCAUUAGUAACUACGUUUUAUUUUCAGAUAUAUUGCUUAAUGAUAUUGAGAUAUAUUAAUUAAUAAUAAUAUAAUUGAUUGAGCAUAA